CCGAAUCUGGUCACGUGUCGUUAUUCUUCCGUCCCUUGUUUCGUGGUGCGUCCAGGCGCCGAGGCGGUGCGACGAUGGUCCAGAAUCGAUAUUUGUAAUUUUUUUUCUCUCUCUUCACCCGGCAAGCUGACUUCAAGCACGCUGUGGACGAAAUGGAUGGAGGCAUGGGCGAUUGCAGCGAUCUCGAUCGCCAGAUCGAGCAGCUGCGAAGGUGCGAAAUCAUCAAGGAGUCGGAAGUCAAGUCACUCUGCGCAAAAGCCCGGGAAAUCCUCGUCGAAGAGAGCAACGUCCAGAGGGUGGACUCUCCGGUCACCGUAUGUGGUGAUAUCCACGGCCAGUUCUAUGACCUAAAAGAGCUGUUCAAGGUGGGUGGAGAUGUGCCCGACACUAACUACCUCUUCAUGGGAGACUUUGUCGACCGGGGCUUCUACAGCGUCGAGACGUUCCUUUUACUCCUUGCACUGAAGGUGCGCUAUCCUGACCGCAUCACGCUGAUCCGGGGCAACCACGAGAGUCGACAAAUCACACAGGUGUACGGCUUCUAUGACGAGUGUCUGCGCAAGUAUGGCUCUAUCACCGUCUGGCGCUACUGCACGGAGAUCUUCGACUACCUUUCCCUGUCUGCUGUCAUCGAUGGCAAGAUCUUCUGCGUUCACGGGGGCCUGUCUCCAUCCAUUCAAACCCUGGACCAGAUUCGCACCAUUGACCGCAAGCAGGAGGUGCCUCAUGAUGGCCCCAUGUGCGAUCUGCUCUGGUCAGACCCUGAAGACACGCAGGGCUGGGGAGUGAGCCCGCGAGGUGCAGGCUACCUGUUCGGCAGCGACGUGGUCUCGCAAUUCAAUGCGACCAACCACAUCGACAUGAUCUGCCGCGCCCACCAACUUGUCAUGGAAGGUUACAAGUGGCACUUCAACGAGACCGUCCUCACCGUCUGGUCUGCACCAAACUACUGCUACAGGUGCGGUAACGUCGCCGCCAUCUUGGAACUGGACGAGCAUUUACAACGGGACUUUACUAUAUUUGAAGCUGCACCCCAGGAAAGCAGAGGGAUCCCGACCAAGAAACCACAGCCGGAUUACUUCCUGUGACAAGCACUCCUGCUUCCGGCUUCCUUUUUUUUUUAUUAUUAUUAUUAUUGCACCCAAAUGUUGUACACCUGUGUCAUAAGAGAAAGACUUCUUCUCUCAAACCGAAGACAACACGUCUUGUUCACAUCGACAUCAGCAUGAAAAAUAGUACAUGGCCUCCCCUUUCUUGCAAGAUGACAGCCAUCGGCUUGUCUCUGUACCGGUUCCUUCCCAAGUUAUCAGUGCUCUCCCAUAUAGAAAGGUCGAAGAUCCUCCUUUCUUGGCUUAACACAGCCCGGAAGUGCGCCCACCACGAGAACAACAAAAAGAUUGUUGCGCCACUUUCCCAGCUGGGUCAUGUCAUUCUUUUCAUCGUCAGUGCCGCAAACUGAAAUUACACUUGUGCGUGGGCUACAGGUAUUCUUUUGCCUCCUUUCCUUCUUUUCUUCUUCUAGCUUUUAUGUAGCCAUUAGGGCUCAUAUUUUACCUUGUUUGGUUUGUUGUCUGAGGACCUACAAGUACUAUAUAUAAUAUUGUGUUGCAGUGUACAGAUCCUUUUGCGUGUAAUGAUUUUUUUUUCUUUCUUUACAUUGGUUGGUAGCAACUUGUGAUCUUCACUAGAUCAUUGUAAAGCGAAACUCUUUUUCAAUAAAUGCAAGGAUGUGCCCAUGUUUUA